CUCGUGUUCAUACUCGUUGGGUCUCUCCUUAAAGUCACGUAGCUAUACAAUAUAAAGUUAAUUAAAUCACGACGUUUCGGGCGCAACACCAGCGUCCGUCAUCAGGCCUCGCUCGCAAGCACUGCGCCACUGGAGAUUCCCCAUCCCCCAUAACAAUGUACCCGAGUUGUUAUAGUGAAUAUCUUAAUUAAUCAGUAAACGUGUUUAUAUAAAUCUCUUGUCUAUUACAACUUUAGCGGUGCUGUUUGUUGCCGGCCGCUUGCGUUCAGCCACCUGUGGCGUUAAAUAAUUCCCGUCGGUUCUACUUGUAAACAAUUUUACCGACUUGUAAACCCAUCGACACAAACUCCAAAUUGUAGCUCCUUAACCCGACGCGAAAUGUCAACGAUGUCGUGCAUUCUCGUUCUUCCCGUCGUGUAAGAAGGGGGUGGGCCGGGGUUUGUAAGAGACUUAAGCAUUUAAAAUGUAAGCGUUCCCAAUCAAGAUGCUCACAAACUAAAACACAAACCUCGGCAGACUCGUCAACAACGCUGAGGCCUUGACACAUAAAACACAAUCGGCGACGUCUCUUCAUGGCACGGAACUCGGGGCUGUGCCGUGGAGUGAUAUAUUUAUAACUUUGACGCAAUCAGAAAUGUGGUACGGGAUGGACCCCAAAUCCAAGGGGGUGGGCACCCUGCCAAGCCCUUGGGAGGCCCCGCGGUCGUUGCGCCCGCCCGAGGAAGACCGCCGCUUCACCAGCGAGCAGUCGCGCGUGGAGCCCAGCGGCUGCCAUGUGGAUAACCUGGUUCAACGUCUGCCCGGCGUGAUCACAUGCCACUCUGUAGAACUGCCGCCUGCUUCACCAGGCAGUGAAUUUGAUGAUCUCAGCAUGGGUGUCGAAACGGGACUCUCGCACACGUCAUCAUCGCAACUCCAGCGGAGCCACGUGCAGAUCGAGCAAACCAUACGACGACCGGCUGGUAAUGAAAACUCCUUGGAAUAUUGCAGUGAAAUGCCUUCCUUUACUCAAUCACACAUGUUUAACACCUUAAAACAUGAUGGUGAUCAUUUGCCGAUGUAUGGUGUUUCAUCAGGCUUAAAAGAGUGCGAUGAGGCAUAUGAAAAUAACUCGAAGGACUCCUCACUUGCGCAUUCUGUUUUGAGAAACCGCAUUCAUACUAUACUCAUUGAGAAAAAAUGCAUUCUGUGGUCCGAUUUAUCUAUGUUAUAUGAACGGACCUUUGCUGAAGACUUACCAGAAGUUAUACUGGAAUAUUUGAACAAAUGGACUGACAUAUGCCAUGUGAAAAGAUUUGGUUCUGAAAAAUCUGGCAGUUGCAUAGUCAUGCUAUCUGAUGAUGCCAGAAUGCAAUUUGAUGGUAUUAUUAAUCCUGGUCUCAACCCACUUGGGGGAGGAUUCCAAGCGAACUUGGGCAAUGUGGUGAAAUUCACACCUCGUCAAAGCUUGUUGGAAAAAAAGCAUGAAAAUAAGUCGCCGUUGAGUGAUGUUUUGAAACGACAGCUGAGUGACCUGCUGAAGGACCACAGUAAUGGAAUUUGGUUGAAGUGUCUCCCAAAUUUAUUUUUCAAGAAAUAUAAGCAGACAUUUCCUGAGGAGAUAAUGCAGAAAUAUGAAUGCCUUUCAGAGAUUUUUGACUUGGACAUGCCUCUGAAAAACAAUCCAAAAAGUGUGAUUCUUCAUUUUCCAGACACCUCUGAGGUAAUUGUCGCACCUGCUGUUUUGCCGAAGACUGAAUUGACAUUUGGGAAGAUUAGUUGGGUAAGACGCUGCGAAGAAUUUUACAUCCAAUUUGAAACGGACUUUCUGGAAAACGAUUUGAGAAGCAUCAGCAACAUGCUGCUCAAUCAGUUUGCAACUGGUAAAAGGGAGCUCGCCCAAUUCAUCCAAGGAACCUUCUGUUCUUUUGAGAUAUCGAACAGCUGGUAUCGAGGUCAAGUCCAGUCCGUUGACGUGAAAGAACAGACUGCCAUCGUUUUCGCAAUAGAUUACGGUUUUCACACCAGCUGCGGCCGCACACAGGUCUGCAAGUUGCCCCCUUCGUGCGCCCGUCUCCCCGCCCAGUGCGUGCGUUGUUGUCUGCGCCCCGUGGGCGAGCACGGCGCGCAGUGGGCCUCCACGGCCCUCGGGGAGCUCGGCUGCCUGAGCGAGCGGUUGAAGGUCAAAGUGGAAGAAGUAAAAGGAGAAUUUGCCAUCGUGGUGCUUUACAAAGAAAAUGGCACCUGUGUGAAUGAAAAGCUCUCCUCGGCGUGGGUGCAGAUUCCAUCGCUGACCCUGUCUGAAGAAGACGUUGUGUUAGUUUCAUUCGUCACGGCCGAGUCGACUAACGAGGUGAUUGUGAGAUAUUGCAGCGGAAUAUACGCUUGCCAAUUGAAUGAACUUAUUGAAUCGAUGAACCUAUAUUAUGGCUCCAACAAGGGCAGGAUGAUGCCUUGCUUCAGCGUCGAUGAGUUGGUGGCUGUGAAUGCCGAGGAGCGGGGCUGGUUACGGGCAUCUGUUGUAAACGUGUCCGGUGACCACGUCGAGGUUAUGUGCGUUGAUCUGGGCCUCUCGCUAGAAAUAAAGAAGUCUGAUGUUCGUCAGCUGGAAGACACAUUUUGCAGCCAGCAUAUGCUUGCGCUUGUGUGCCAGCUUGCAGGCUUGGAAUACUUUUGCAGGGACAAGGCGGUCCUCAAUUGCCUUUGCUCGAUGGCUCAUGACCACAUCCUGCACUUGAAACUUGUGAAGAAGAUCCCCCAAGCCCUGGUGGUUCUGUUCGACCCUUCUGGGGCGAACAUCAACGCCGCCUGUUUGAGAGCUCUCGAGGACCGGCGACUUGCCCUGCAGCCCGAGGUAAACGUGACUUAUAGAAACGUCUACAUUCAGCACGUGACCAGUGAUGGUUUUUUCUUCUGCCAAAUGAAGACAAAUGUUGUCAAAAAAGUGGACAAAAUCCUUUCAGAGAUUGAAAAGGAGGUGGCAUGCCUGGAGCCCAUGCCCCACCUUUUCAGUGGCAUGCGGUGCCUCGUCCAACACGUGGAGGGGAGGCCGCUGGUGCGUGCGGAGAUUUUGCGUGUUCAAGGUCAACGCAUUGCGGAGGUUUACCUCACCGAUUACGGUAAAAGAGCACUGGUCGAGAGUUCAAGCCUCUUAGAAAUCGGUGCACAACACAUCAAGGACUUGGUGGAGAUCCCUGCACAGGUUGUGAAGUGCAGACUGGCCAGUCCUGGCAUGGAGCAGCACAUCAAAUUGACGGGGCAGGUUCUGCACUGGUUGCGAAGCUGCGUGGCAGAACGACACUGCUGGGGUGUGAAGGUUCUUUCUAUAGACUGCUCUGUCUCAAACAUCUACUUAUUUUUCAACGAUGGAAAACACUGGGAAGAAACCGUGAACUACACCGUCAUCUCCAGAGCGCUUCACACGAGGUUUAAUGUGGAAGCCAGCACACCGGUCGGCUCAAGCGAAACCCCUGAGUCGUUUGAGCAGCGGUGCACCGCUGGCAGGAACGGCAACGAUGCCGCAGCGUCAUCGCCGCCGUACCCCGGGGAGCCGUCGGCUUUUCACAAGUUCAAUUUCGGCGGCACCAAAGUGCCGAGGCCUUUUCAACUGCGGGAAAGCUCCUUGUCCCCCGUGCUGGCUGCACCACCGCAGAAUCAGCAGCAGCAGCAGCAGGAGGUGGUGCCGCCGCUGCACGCGUUGCCGCUCGGUAAGAUGAAGCAAGUUUUCGUCUCCGCCGCCCACCUACCAAGCCAGUUUGUCGUGCAACUCUACCAGGAGAUGCCCUUGCUGGACAGCUUGAUGCACGAAAUGGAGCAGCAUUACCGCAGUAAAUCACCUCUGCCUGCAACCGGCGUCCAGGUCGGCAAGAUUUACGCCUCCAAGUUUGAAGAUGACAGAUUCUACAGAGUUGUGGUGAAGGGUGUGAUGAGUGGAAUGGCCACCGUCUACCAGCUGGACUACGGGGAGUACAGUUUGGUGCUGCUGGACAGACUUCUGCCUCUUCCCUUAACCUUCAGAGCCCUUCCCAUCCAGGGAGUGUGCGCCGAGUUGUUUGGUACUGUCUCCGAGCACGAGUGGUCUGUGGAGGCAGCGACUUUCUUCGUCAAGCAAGUGAAGGGAAAGAGUAUGUGGGCGCUUUUCAUGGCGACCGAUGAGAACCCGAGCAAGCCGUUGGAGAGGAAGGCCUGCGUCGACCUCAUCGACACGUCGCAGGACAACGACGUCUACAUCUCACAGCUCAUGCUGAAUUUUAAGUUGUGAAAAGCACCGUGACACACUGCAGAUUACACAACCGCACGUUCUCAUACAAUGUGGUUCGUUAUCGCCGAUUUUUGUUGCUGUUAAAGUGUAUCGGGUUUAUUUCCUGAUGCGGUUGUUUUCUAUGGCAUUGGUUUAGAAAAAAACAUAUCUAGGAUGUCCUUUCCCAGCAAAAGCAUAGCACUAAUUUUCGAUUUAAAGCUUUCGUGACUGCAGGGAUUCAUCUUCUCUUGGUUCUUUCGGUAAAGUCACGUAGAAGGGAAAUAAUAAAAUAAGCGUCUUUCCGACAGCCCUGUUCUUCACCUGAGGGAUGGCUGCUUGCGUUGUGGCCAAAACGUGAGAAUUAUUUUAUUGGUUUUAUUUUAUUAUUUCCCUUCUACGUGACUUUACCGAAAGAACCAAGAAGACAUAGCACUAAUAUUUGUGAUCUUGCUUAAAUUAACAAGUAGAAAAGGAAGUCUGUGGUUGUAACGCUCUUCAAGAAAAGCAAUGAUUCUUAACAAAAAAUCACACGACAUGUUUUACAUUUACAAGUUACAUGAACACUUUUGCGUUGUCUGGGAUUAUUUGGUGGUGCAGAUUUACAAAUCAUGCCCACGUGCAGCCUAAAUACUGGGAGCAUGAUGAGAGCUUUGAAAUGUCGUGAAGUGAGAGUUUUGGAGGUGUAAACAGCUUUGGAAGACAUUAUUUAAUUAACUUCUCAUUUCCACGCUUUGAGUAAUUCCAUCACGACUGAAUUGCCACUGUCUUGGCAGAUUUCGGGCCAAAAUUGUGAAUCGCAACGCGUCUGUCAGUACAACUGCGUGUCAAAGACGUACGCUGCACUCUUAUUAUUAUUGCCGGCAUCUCCCUCUCGAUCUCAAACUCUUUGCUUGUGGAGUUUUGCCAAUUUGGGGUUUAAAUGUUAUAAUUUGAAUAGAUAAAACACGCAAUUGUAUGCGAAUCUGCGCACCAUACUUCACAAAUAGCCACAAAAAACACCUGGGAUUAAAGCCCACGAGAGUUGCACAGUGGCCAGUUGUAUAACACCUCGAGUUGCACCCCCCCCCCCCCCCGCUUGGUUUAUCACCACAAUGUCGAUCGAGAACGAAGGGAAAAAUUCCCCCGAAGUUAUUCUGCUACCGUCCUCUGGCUAGAUGAAUACUACAUGAAGCUCACCUUGGCAUAUUUGUUAUAAAUUCAACAACUAUUUUUUUUAGAUAUAAAACAUUUGUUUUUUGGUAAUGGCAUAGGGUGCACUUGAAUUGUACAUUGUCCACGGAAGCUGUGCAAAGUAACUGCUCAGCUGCAGUACUGGUGUGGAUGGUGGUGCUGUGACCGUGUUGAAAAGGUUUUGUGUUACUUGUUUUUGAAUUCGUUUGCUUUAAUAGUUUUGAACAGAUUUACAGGGAUGUAGGGUGGCUUUCACGUGUGUGCUGAUUAAAUGCACACCUUUUCCUUUUGCCAA